CGGUUUCCAUGAUUCCAUCUUCCCUAACACAUCAACAUCAACAAUACCACCAUCUCCACCAUUCUUCUUUCCACCCUUAACGAACCCAACCCACCCGCAAUUCAAACCCCCCAGCUAGCUCAAGCAAAGACAACGUGAGCGACCACCCACCAUGGCGCAUUCCAGAAAUCAAGUCGACGACGUCGUCGCCUCUUCUAGCGAGAUCGAGAUCUCUGCCUUCCAAGUCAGUCGAGAGCUCUCGGCGUCCCUCCUCGCGCGAUGUCGAUCCCUCCUCGCCGAGAUUAGCGAGUUCCAGGCCCUUUUGGUGGAAACCCAACGGAACCCCCAGAUCGUGGAGGUGCGAUCGCUGAAAUCGAAUGUGCUGUCGGAGUUGCGCACGUUGGAGAAAUUAGGCGCGCAGGUGCAGAACCUGCCUGAGCCGACGAAGGGCGAUGGCGAUGGGGAGAAUUAUAAUAAUAAUACCGAUGCUGGAGCGACUGAUGGCGAUGACUUGGCGGCGAGAAGACUGGUUCAUACGUUGAAGUCCUCGAAUUUGCCGUUUUAUGAGGCCGUUUGGGCCAUUGCGAAGAAUACGUGUCGUGGGUUGGUUGCGUUUGGGAAGAGGUUUUAUUGGGGGCAUGAUGGUGAUAAUGGGGUUUCGGAGAAAAAGUCUGGGAGGGAUAAGAAGAAGAGUGUGUUUGUGGAUAUUAUUGCUGAUGAUGGGGAGGAGUGGGUGAAGGUGUCUACGGUUGCGGAGUCGAGGUUGUUGUUUGAGAUGGCGGAGAAGGGGUGGGAGGCUGAUUCUGAGAGUGAGGAUGGGGAGGCUCGGACGGUUCUACGGAAUCAUGAUGGGGAUAAUGGUGAUGUGGAGGACGAUGAGGAUGAGGAUGAGAUUGAGCUGGUGAAGCUGGCUAAAGAUUUGAGGACUGCGGCCAAUGCUACGAGAGUCAGGUAUAGACAUCCUCGGCUGCGGUUUGUGGCGCCGAGGAUUCGCGAGGGAAGCUGUGCGGAGAUUGAUGAUCUUUUGAAGAUUAUUAGAGGCUAUGGGAUUAAAGUGGAUUGUGGUGACAAGGCAUAUGCUGUGACUGGUACACAGGAGGGCUUGUCCCACCUCCUUCCGAAGCCGUUCAAACACUUCACUUCCACUAUCAAUGUUGACUGCACAUUAAUGCUUGCUGCGGUCUCGGAUCUCUCGCAUUACAAACAUAUCACCCAGUCUCCGCAGCAUCAUAAGGCCAUCAGUCGACAGAUCGCCGUGGAGCAUGAGCGACCUCUGUUGCCCACGGAGCUGUGGCCUGCAAUGGAUGCUUGUGAACUAGUGUGUGUCGAGGAGGCUGCAACACGGAUGAAAGAGAUCGUCAAUAUCAUAGGCACCGAGACUGAAAAGUUGCGCAUGGAGAUUCUGCUCGGCGAGCCCCCUUACGAUACAUAUAGCCGAGAGGAUCUCAUCAAGAAAUACCAGGAGCUGUCCGAUUAUGAGAUACCGGCACACUGGAAGAUUCCCGUCAAGACGGUCGAAGCGAAGUCGGUGAUUGCAUCUGCGAGAGACACUGCAAAACUGCCGCCCGUCUAUCAGAAGGUGGCCGAGAACCUCUCCGAUAUCAACUAUAGUGUGUUUCUGUACGGAUGGGCUGCGGGACUGGCGACGAUCUCCAGCAAUCGGACCGUGGUCAAGGAGAUUGAGUCCAUUAUCGAGAAGCACAGAGAUGGGGAUGACGGCUUGGAGGGACCUCUUAUCUGGGUGUGUGAUACUGCCAGGAGCUUGAUAGGCAAAGAAAAGAAUCGAAAGAACUAGACCAACUAGUUCGAAGACUCUAACGUUAGAUCGGACGACGACUAAAAUGAUCGAGCAUUCAGAGUCGUCUACAUCAGACAGCAUUUCUUUUCAAUUCUUGCAAUUAGUGGUGUUUAGACCAGCAGAUCUCAUCGCUGUUGUCGGGGUCGUCUCAGCAGGUGAUGGGGGCAUGGUGGCUCGC